CUUGCAAUCACUCUCCUCAACACACAAAAGACGACAACCGCAUCUUCCUUUUCCUCCUCACCCGCAUUCCUUCUUCGAUAAUUUCUUCCCGACACCCUUGUGUCGCGUGUCCCUCUUCCCGCGCUCCACGUCGCCAUGAAGACCAUCAUGUAAAGAGCAAGUGCAUGCUUUCGACUCUGGACAAAGGUCUUCUGUCGAUACAACCAUGGCGGCCUCUGUAGCCCCGCUACGGAACGGCAUCGCGCCAUCGGUUCACCAAAGCCAUGAGGUUUUGCAGUACGAGAAGAUUUUGCAGAUUCGCCAAGAGGUAUUCGCGGGCAAGCAUCCUCGAUUGUCAUUGCCCGCAGCUGCACCUGCGCUUCAACCCUUCUCCCAAUCUCAUCUAGCUAUCCCUGCCUCAAUAUCCGCCAGUGCUUCGCCCAGUCGUCGCGUGACUGCUCAGCCAGGCCAUGAUCAGCCCACCCCUUCCUCUCACAAUCCCAUGAAUGUUUCCGAGUUUGACCCUGUCCUUUUGACAAAAUCAGAUGACUUGCUGAGGGCUGAAAACCAGCUCAAGAGACAACGACUUGAAAAGCAACUCAAGGAACAAUUCGAACACAAGAGACUAGAUGCUCGUAAAAGACCCGCUCCUGCCGAGGCCAAACCGGACUUUGACCUGCAGGCUCUCUUUUCCAGAGUGUCCGAGCUCUCCAAAGAGUUUGCCAAAGGCGAAGCGUCUGGCUCCGAGUCCAUCGAUGAGAACUCAUUCUACUCCUCGAGAGCCCCGGACUCGGUCGAAGAGGGUCCAAACUCUUCCGGCGAAGAUGCCGAAGAAGGCGAAGCUGACGAGCCCCUAGGCCCGCGUGUGAGUGCCGUGAUGGGGUCGCCUCUGCGACCGGACAGAGGUGACAAUUCCACUAAUGUUGAAUCCGUCGAUUCCACCAAGCAAGACCUCCCCAUCGUUCCCAAUGUCAUGGACAUGGACGAUGAAGAGGAAGAGGGUGAAUACUCGCCACCCGAGGCCACGGAGAAUUAUUCUCUCCCUGCUAACGACAUUUCACAACCUAUGCAAGACAGCCGAGAUCCUCGCAGUCGUCCCCUUCGCAGAUACUCCGAGACUGACGAUAACGGGCGAAGACCUCCGUCUCCCUAUGAGGCAAACAUGCGUGUGGUAAGAAACCACAUCACCUCUCCCGUUGCCCCACAACCAUCCCGUGUCUCUCCCCUUGCUGUAGCUAAGGCUCCAUCUAUCUCACAGAAUGCCCGCCAGCAGCGCGCUGCCCGUAGAGACGCCCGCAGAGACUCUCCCCCCAGCCCAGAUGACAGCCAACCUCCGAAAAAGAGAAAACGGUUGGAGAGGCAGCAAGACCGGCAACAGAAACGUUCGCGACGAAACGGCGGUUAUUCUCCAGACGCUUUCAUCAAGGAAGAAAAUGUGUCCCCUCCUCCGUUUCACGACGUACAACCCCUAGGCUCAGGCAAAUUACGCCCAACGGGCACUGAGCGACCAAUCAUCAUCCACGAUGACGAACCAAUUCAGGAGAGCCGCUACAUGCCGCCUCCAGAACGGUACGUGGAAUCUCCCAUGCGACUACUCCCACGCCAGGUUGAACAGUUGAUGCCGCAAAGCGAGCCACGUGUCUUGUCUCGAUCUAGCGUGCGGCCUGUGAGGGAUGAGCAAAAUCUUCGACGGGUCGCUAGCCUUCACAAUAUGAGGGCAGAACCAAGUCGAGACCAUACUGAUCCAUACGUGGGCUCCCCAACACGCGCUAGGGCAGCUUCAUAUGCUCGACUGGGAAGCCCAGCCGCCAUGGGUGCCUUGCCUGGCCAGCUACGUGAAGUUGUCAUGGAUUACGAACGAGCACCACCCGAAGCCCGGGUAGCCCGGACCCCUGCACCGAUCUACCGUGAGGUCUAUGACGACGGGGAGGGCGGGCUGCGAUAUGUCGAACCCAUGCCACCGCCGCCACUUGUCGAGAGGAUUGUUGUCGACCAAUACGGCCGCAAGCUUCGCGAGAUCAUUCAGUCCGAGCCGGCUCCAUUGCCGCGUGCCAUGUCCGUGAGACGAAGCGCCGUUGAACCUCAGUAUGAAGACUACCAUUCUAUCCGUGCAGGCUCCGUUUUAUUAGACGCAGCACCCGAGCGGACUUACACGUCAGACAUGCCUCCGCCUCAAGCUUCUUAUCGGCGUCAGCCCGAACCAAUCCGGGGUUCAGUCAUGCCUGGAGGCCAUCACCGAGAUUAUGUUGAUGCGGUGCCUGGUUCUGCUCGGGCGGCCAGCGUUCAGCUUGUCGAUCGACGGCCAGCCCAAGAAUAUUACGCAGAUGAGCGGACUGAGUAUCAUGAACCAGUUCGAAUGGCCAGCGUUAGACCUCCUACUACCAGGUAUGAGGCUGCCCCACCACCAGUCGACAUGAUUUCGCGUGGGCAGAGUGUGCGGCCCCCCAUCGGUCGUGAAGGGAGCGUCUUCAUCGAUGAUAGGACUGGGGCUCGUCACGAAUACGUUCCAGCGGAAUCCGUUAGAUAUCGUGCUGUGGAACCAGAAAAACGAUACAUUGAUGCCCAAGGACGAGAAGUCAUCGCUUUGGAUAGAUCCAUGGAUGGUAGGGCGAGACUUGUAGAGAGGUAUUAACAGUGGAGCUGUACGGAAAGUGAAGGGUGGAUGGGGUAUGUGGUAGUCUAGAGGUCUAGACUGGGUAGUGUGAGAGCAUCGCUAUCUCGAGAAUGGUAAUCAAAUUCCAUCCUGAAACACAGGCAUGAUCAAUCGGGAAUUCUGGCACGGCAUAACUCUGUGUAAAAGUAACAUUGAGUUAAGCAAUCCCCAGAGUGGUGGGGCGCAGGGCUUUCAGGCCUCUCGGCCACCUCGGCCAUGCUUUGGCGGUGUGCCUGUCGCAUAAGAUGAUUGGCUGUGGUGCCGCUGAGGAUGAUCUCUCUUCACAUUUGUACCUCGAUACGUUCCACGAAUAACACGAUGCGAACCUCUUAUUCGGCAUUUGUGGCUU